AUGAAUGCGGCGCUUCGGGAGCAGCGGUCGGAAAUCCGGGGAGUGCUAUGGUUGCGCAGUCAAGCAACCUCCGAUUGCAAAUUAACUCAGAGCGAAAAAGACAUGCGCACAUCUCCAUUUCCGGGUGUUUCACUGCGGGAGUUGCUUGGAAAAGAAAGCUUAGCGGAGGAGCCGAGCUCAGAAUGGCCGCCAUCACGAGCGAAACCGGGAGCAACAAUUGAGGUCGACGUGGCGGUGAGGGUCUCUUUCCUGGUCAUCCGGAUUAUGAGCGCCAUGAAUGCCGUCAUACGCCAGCUCAUGGAGGUACCGGAAUCACUUGGAGCGGCUGUCGAUGGCAAGGAGAAAACCCUGCCAUAUCAAUCGGGCCUACCGACAUACAAGAAGUGA